CUUUAAAAACCUGGCGACUAUAUCGAUAUGGUGAGUCGAACUCACUCAGUCGAAAACGGAGUGUCAGACGAGGCGGUUCACUGAAUGCCACUUAGCAUUCAACUAAGCUGUUAAAUCAAGCGCGGACCUAGAACAACAGCACUUUUUUUUAAUCCCCAUAUUAUUUUUUUGUUGUUUGAGUUCGCGAGUUUUUUUACCCAGAAGAAAUGACAAUCUAUAGCCUGUUGGUGCAAAUCAUAAUCGUUUGUAACUAGCCAUCUGAAGAGUCCGACUUCCGAGGAGGAGCAGCAAUGGCACCGCCCCAAGAGCAACCGGAGGAUGAUAUUAUCACCAAGAUACCCUCGAUAAUUGGAUUCCUGAACUUGGACUGACUGGCGACAAAUGGAGCUUUGGCCCCCCUUUUACCCCAAAUUCGAUGAGCUGACCUAGAGAGCCAAGGCUGAAGUGUUGAAUCAUGAGAAUUAUAGCUGGAAAUCUUUCAUAAUCCUACCGUAACAGCAAAUGCUUAAAUAAACGAGCAAUGGAGCAAAGAUGUGGGGUUCUUGUGUUUCACUAAGAAAUGCCUGAAAGUCGGCAAUGGACUUUGGAGCUAAUGGGCUUUCAAAUAGUUUGGCAAAUCGUAUUGGCCAAUCGUAUGGACAACACUGGUCGAUAGUGACAGGACCCAACUGACAUACUGCCAAGAUUCAGAGAGAAAUGGAGAAAAAACCAAGUAGGUAAUAAUGACGGCACGGACAAAAAAAUAUGUAAAACCGAGCGACGAUCUGAUCUGUGAACUGGCUACCAUCCUAGGUUGGCAAUUCGAUUGCAUUCAUAGUCAUCCAUCGAAGAUCGAAGUGAGUAAUCCGUGGGGCAGCAUAUACAGGGCUAAAACCCGAACGAGAACCUGGACAAAGGAGGAUCGGAAUCGGGAUCGGUAUCGGGAUCGGGAUCAACAGUUAGCACCGCGGGGCGAAGAGAAGCGGAGCGGUGAGAGUUGGAAGCUGUCCUCGAGGAACUCUUCCCGGAGGCAGAAGAAAUGUAUUCGGCGGUGAAGCCGCUCUCCAAGUAUCUCCAGUUCAAGUCAAUACGCAUCUACGACGCCGUCUUCACCAUCCACUCCAAGUGCACCGUGGUCAUCCUGCUCACCUGCUCGCUGCUCCUGUCCGCGCGCCAGUACUUUGGGGAUCCGAUCCAGUGCAUCAGCGAGGAGAAGAAUAUCGAGUACAUACAGUCCUACUGCUGGACCAUGGGCACCUACAUCCUCAAGCUGGACGACUUCAGCGAGCAGCAGCUGGCGCUGGUUCACCCGCCCCAGGAAGCAGCCACAUCCUCCUCCUACUCCUUGGCAGUCUCCUCCGACAUUGCCACCUCCUCUUCCACCGCACCGCAGUCAUCCGCGAGAGUGCGCAUCAGAUCCCACUCCAGGUCGAGUCUGCGCAGGAUUGGGGAAUACAACGAGGCCUAUGCCCGGGCCAUGUUGAUAGCCGAGGGCGUGGGCCCCGAGGUUCGUGGCCAGACGGAGCGGGAGUACCUGCGCUACUACCAGUGGGUCAUCAUCCUGCUGCUCUUCCAGUCGUUCAUCUUCUACUUCCCCUCGUGCCUGUGGAAGGUGUGGGAGGGCCAGCGGCUAAAGCAACUCUGCUCGGAGGUCGGCGAGGCGCUCCUCUCGGAGGAGACCUACAACACCCGGCUGCGCCUGCUGGUCAAGUACUUCACCACCGACUACGAGGACAUGCACUUCUGCUACAUGGCCAAGUACGUCUUCUGCGAGGUCCUCAAUUUCCUCAUCAGUGUGGUAAACAUAAUGGUGCUGGAGGUGUUCCUGAACGGAUUCUGGUCGAAGUACCUGCACGCGCUGGCCACCAUUCCGUUCUACGACUGGGAUCGCUGGAACCGCGUGUCCUCGAGCGUCUUUCCCAAGAUCGCCAAGUGUGAGGUGCUCAAGUUCGGGGCGAGCGGCACGGCGAACGUGAUGGACAACCUGUGCAUCCUGCCGCUGAACAUCCUGAACGAGAAGAUCUUCGUCUUCCUGUGGGCCUGGUUCCUGCUGAUGGCCCUGAUUUCCGGCCUGAACCUCCUCUGCCGGCUGGCCAUGAUCUGCAGCAGGUAUCUACGGGAGCAGAUGAUCCGCAGCCAGCUGCGGUUCAUGUCCAAGCGGCAUGUGAAGCGCGCCCUACGGGACCUCACCAUCGGCGACUGGUUCCUGAUGAUGAAGGUCAGCGUCAACGUGAAUCCCAUGCUCUUCCGGGAUCUAAUGCAGGAACUUUGCGAGCUGCGCACCUCCUCAUCGGGCAGCACCCUGGAGAGUCCCGUCUAGGAGCGAUAGUGAUCAGAAUCAGGAUCAGGAUCAGGAUCAGGCUCAGGAAUAUGAUUAGGAUCCCCAGAUCGCCUCGUCCUCCGGCUGCCCACUCCCAAUUGACGUUGCCGUCGUUCGUUGAUUCGCGCCCUUUUGCUUACCUAAAUUUGUAUAUUUCCUCUCCAUUCCUUUAAAAAUUCUGUACUUCCAUGUUCUAAGACUAUAAGCGAGGAUAAACCAUUUUUAGUCACCUUAUGGCGUGCUGAACAUUUGGGUAUGACUGCUAGAUGUUAUAUUACAGGUAGAGGUUCCUCAAUUCUAAUUCCUAGUUUGUGCUUGGUAGAAGGCAGAAAAACUCGAAAUUUUCGGCGUAUUUUUGUGAGUUUUAAAUAGUUGAAUUCAUAUUAAUCAAUAUAUUUGUUGAACCAUUUAUUGGUAAGCUAUAUGUAAAUUUGUGCUGUGAUUAUUAGGCUUACUUCGCAUUUUUAUAUAUUUCUAGUUCGCUUCUAUAUGCGAAUUGACUUUGUGCUCAGCCGCUGCCUCAACUUUUGUUGCCUUUGCUGCUGGCAUUUAAUGUGCAUUGUUUAUAACUAGUUGCUGCCAUAAUUUCGUCAUUUAUAUUUUGCUGGGACGAUCCACAGGCCCCAAGCCCCAAGCCCCCAGAUUCCCGCGAUCGUCGUGGUUUCAGCAUUGUUUUGCGCACAUUAACAACGCAACUCGCUCGCAUUUGGCCGCCUUCGCCACGCAACUCACUCACUCGCACUCACACUCA